AUGGGCAAAGGAAAGUCGAUUUAUUGUCCGCUUGGUCAGAAGAAGAAGAAGAGGCGUGUGGAAUCUCCUCGAGGCUCAGCAAUCGUUGUUGCUCGAGUUGAAACCAGCCAAGCUCAGUACGUGAAGAACCGGCUUGAAGAACUCGAAGUGGCUCUCCAACAAGCUGGUGCUGGUUCGAAUAAUCCUACUGGACAAGGUCGAGACGAUGCUAUAGCUGACCUUUCCCACGGCAACAACCGUGGAAGUGAUGAAUUACCCCAGAUUCAUACGGAUGAGGAUGAUGACAAUGAUAACCACGAUUACGAAACUCAUGCGGAUGCUGCCGUUGUACCAAAUAUAUAA